CUGCCGCGCCCGCCCGGCCCCCGCCAUGGUGGCAUGGAUCAUCUCCAGGCUGGUGGUGCUAAUAUUUGGCACCCUUUACCCUGCAUAUUAUUCCUACAAGGCUGUGAAGUCAAAGGACAUUAAAGAAUAUGUCAAAUGGAUGAUGUACUGGAUUAUAUUUGCACUAUUCACCACAGCAGAGACAUUCACUGACAUCUUCCUUUGUUGGUUUCCAUUCUAUUAUGAACUAAAAAUAGCAUUUGUAGCCUGGCUGCUGUCUCCCUACACAAAAGGCUCCAGCCUCCUCUACAGGAAGUUUGUACAUCCCACGCUGUCUUCAAAAGAAAAGGAAAUCGAUGAUUGCCUGGUCCAAGCGAAAGACCGAAGUUACGAUGCCCUUGUGCACUUUGGGAAGCGAGGCUUGAACGUGGCGGCCACGGCAGCGGUGAUGGCUGCUUCCAAGGGACAAGGUGCCUUAUCGGAGCGACUCCGGAGCUUCAGCAUGCAGGAUCUCUCCACCAUCAGGGGAGACGGCACCCCUGCUCCCUCGGGCCCCCCUCCACCGGGCCCUGGGCGGGCCAGCGGCAAGCACGGCCAGCCUAAGAUGUCCAGGAGUGCUUCUGAGAGCGCCGGCAGCUCAGUGUGUACCUGCUGCUCCACCUGCAGGACCCGGAAAGUGGUUGAGGGCGAUGUGGAUGAGGGUGGUGUAAAGGCCUGGGGGCCCCACCAGGUCCAAAACCCAUUGGCGUUUUCUGACGAGGAGGAGGAAGACCUGCUGGACUUCAUGUACAAGUUUAAAGCACCUCGAAAGACGGAGUUCCCCCUGGAGGUCUCCCCUCCUUCCCCUUCUGCUGAACGCUGCAACCUGAGAGUCCAACUGAGGCAAGUUGGGAGCCCCCCUGCCCUCAGUGCAGAGACCCUUGUGAGACUCAGGCACCGCCUAGAAUCCUUCGAUCUCGCUUCAGGAAGAAAAGUACCUCAUCCUCGGCCACUGAAACCACGUGAGUGAGAUGAGCCAACAGCACCGGAUCCACAGAAUGUUUCUUCUCUGCCUUAAAGAGCUAUUUAUUCACUAACCACAUAGAAAACCGCAAGCUGGUGUGCCCUGUGACAGCCUCGGACGUGGCCUUUCCUCUCUCCCCUCUAAGAGCCCCCCUUUCCUUUUCUUUAUUUUGUUGGGGAGAGGAUAAGGGAAAGGUAGUGUGUGGGGGGUGUGAUCUUAGGUCUUCUGAGGUUAGUCAUUUCCCACCAUUGGAUUGGCAUACAGACAGCAGUGUUUUUAGAAGAGAAUCCCCCCACCAAGCUGCUGAGAUGUACAUUUGUAACUUAUUUGUUGCAUACUUUGUUUUUAGUCCUAUAUAUGCAAACAAAGCAAUUUUUUAAAAACUUUUUUUUUUUUUUGGUUCUUGAUACUAAUACUUUGGACUACGAUGUACAUAUUUAUGGCUUUUGACUUGAUACCGUGGACUUGCAAAAGCUGCCAGAGGUUCUGAUGUAUAAGAAAACUGCAAAAACAGAAGCGUAAAAGAUUAAUUCUGGAGGGUGUCUCAGAUGUGCUUACGAAGCUUCCAAACACACCUCAAGGACAUCCGUUUUUCCUGUAGGGCGAUGCUCCGUAUUCUUCAGUCAGUAUACCAGAGAAGUUUAGAAUGGAGACAUGAUAUUUCAGUACCAGAGGUGGGUAUGAAGUCAGGGGAACAUCCUAGAAUAAGGGAAAAGUCACAGGAAGCUUGUCUCCCCCAUGGGCACAGGAUUAGGAGCUUCAGAGUCCUUCCAGGGUGGGGACUUCUCAUUGCCUUAGGCAGGUUGGCUCACCUUUGGUAGAAAUAUUCGGGGAUGUAAACUCCUGGGAUUGUUGUGACAAAUCAUUGAGUGUUUAUUUCUCCUUCAUAGCACCCUGCGCUGUGACUGGCAAAAAUGAACCAAUCCACCCAAACAAAACCAACCCUAGAACCACGCUUUGUUUCAGAUGCUCCGUGAAGCACAUCUGAGAUGUCUGGGUAACGAUCCCAACCCUGGGUUCUAAGAGGUUGUAGAGGUUGCAUCUUCACGAAUGUGACCUGCUGCUCAGCUCCACGGGCAGCGGUGGCUCGCGCCCUCUGUUUGCUUCCUGGCUUGUGUGGAGUGUGAGCCAGAGAGAAGUGGCACGUUCACGGGCACUUGUAUUUCAUACAGGCCCACUUCUUUUAGGAAGAGAACAAAGCGCCGUCUGAGGCGACUCCCUAAUUAGACUGAGAAUUUUAUCUGAAAUGAAGAAUCUGGCUGUAAUAGCAUCUUGGUCAGAGGCGGCUGCUCCCCACUGGGAGCGCCGAGCCUAAAUGUAGGACUCAUCUACUUGUGCUUGGAAUUGAUGUUUCCUUUCAGUGUGAUGCAUGCAGUGGUCGCGACCCAGUUACUUAUCAUACUUGGAUUGUGUUUGUUCAUAGAUAGGCCCUGAACACUAGAGAAUUAGUGUCACGUACCACAUAGAACCUACUGUCAGUCAGCUAUAAGCAGGCCCAGUUAGAGACAGUGGCAUGACUGAGCUACACAAACCUACAUCAGUCUUUCCUGAGGACACAUUGGCUGGAUCUUAGCCACAUCGGAAAGGGUUUUACUUGAAGUUGUUAUCUACUAGAUUGCAAAUUUAAACCCCUUUUCCUCAUAAUGCCUCUGAAGGUGACUUGGUAAUUUACAAAAGGAUUUAGGAAAAUAAACCUAAAAGCAUAUGUGGGGUUCAGGAGGGCAAACAGAGGCUGGCUGUUUAAUGUUUGUGCCCCAUACCCAUCAAUACCUAAAUCUGUUAGUGAAGACAGAAAACCUGUUUUCUUCAAGCUCACAGAGUAGUUUCAAACAGAGGAAAAAUGUUUGAAAAAUGCUUUAAAAUGUAUUUACCUGUUAUUGGGAGUACCCAGAAUUAUCUGAAACAAAUGCAAAAAAAAAAAAAAAAAAAACUUAUUAAGCAGCUUUUUAGCAACUUUUUUUUUCUUUCCUGGCCAAAAUAAUAAAUGCCUUUAGCAGCAGAGAUUAAAAUCCUAUUGUACACAAGCUAUAUUUUCACCAUUUUACAGUGGAGAGUUUUAACAAGUAUGGGCUCUCAAGUUUGCACUCAAUGAUGCCAAAAACGAGUUUGAAGCACUCUACUCUCAGACAAGCUGUAUUACUUCUCAUUUAAGAUUUUAAAAAAUAGAAAGCACCCAAACUGCUGUCUUAAUGUAACUAUUUUUCCUUCAGGUGUUGCUUAGGGAGUUGGUUUCUUUCUUAAAAACACUCACAGUACAACUGAGAGCAGCUGUCAUAUUUCUGGCAAAAUGUGUUUACUUGCCCAGCAAGCUGUAUAUUUGUGUGGACUGACGUAAAAAUGUGAAUGCCUCCAAGUGUACACAUAGUGGUGUGGAGUUCUGUCAAGACGAUAAAGUUGAAUGUUUUUAAUUUGCUGAUUUACAGACACGGGCUGUUUACAAAAUGCUAAUGGAAAGUCUGUACCUUUCACGUAGUAAAUUUUUCUUUGCUUUUGAGCACCUGUUCUGUUUCUGAGGAGACGAGAGAGGGUGUUGUACUUACAAACUGGAGAGUUAGGCAUAAUCCCUCCUGGCUUUGUGUGAAUAGCUUGCUCACUUUGCUGGCCUCUGAAUUGUGUGUUCUCUAUAGUAAACUGUCCAUGUGUCUGUGAUAACAGUGCUUGUCAACCAUGACCACCAUUGAGUACCUUCCUAGUUGUUCAUCUUGCACAGCACUGGAAAUGGUAAAGGAUGUGCUUCAUUCGUGAACGGCAGGCACCAGAGGGCUGGUGUUCUGGAUGGUGACUGUGCACAUUCCCCCUUAUUUUAUCUCUGUAAUCCUAUAGGACGAUCUGUAAUCAAAUAGUAUACUGGACUGUGCAUCAAAGGGAUGUAAAAUUACAGUAUUCCAAAGGUUGAAGUUCUGUUUUGUUAUAAUGCCUGAUCUAUAUCUUGAAUAAAGUCUUAACAUGUUUCUUUUAAAAGA